AUGACAGGAAGACAGAAUCCUGCCCACGGACAGGCUCAUAACGGUCAUGAAUAUUGUCCUCUCUCGAUCCUUCCAGAAGUGUACCGGUUCAAACGGCCAAACGGAGUCAUGGCGAUGACAAAAAAGUGCUGCCCACGCUGCGAAGCAACGGCGAUACCUCUGACACCAAACUUUCUUUCAGCCCCCGCAGCAGCAAUGGGUGACAGAGAGCAACCGAAACCUACCGAUCCUCGUCCGAGUAUCUCCGACACAGCCUCCUUCGCAGGACGAGAUAGAUUAAACACCCCAAUGACUGCGCGUGACGCUGCUUUUCAGGCAAGAAGCCACAAUGGGCAAGCUGUUGAACCACCUGUUCUACCGCGCCGACGGAAAAAACAAAUUGGGAACAUGUUCGUACUUUGCAGCUAUGCAGACGGUACACCCAUCCUAAUUGCUGGUCCUUGCUGGCCUUUUUGCGUUUUCGUCACUCUACCGUUGAUUAUGGGUGUCGCUGGCCUGGUGUCUUUUUUUUUAAUAUUCGAUGAUAGGUUUGGAUUGCCCUCUUGGUUGAUCGCAAUAUAUGGAUUGGCUGUCGGGGCAGUUUUGUUUUCGCUAUUCUGUGUGUCGUGCAGGGACCCAGGUCUCAUGGACCGCGUUGUGGACGAAGAAGCAGGUCAAGGGGGUUGGUUUUGGAACGAGCAGGUGGGGAGCUUUCGUCCUCCCGGUGCACUUUAUUGUCGUGAAUGUGCCGUUCUUAUCCAAGAUUACGAUCAUCUUAUUGGUCUUCUUUGCUGGGCGCUUCUUGACGGUCUGGCGUCGUGA